GCCCCCUCCGUCCCGCCGUGGGAGCGAUGCCCCCCGCCCCUCGCGCCCGCCGGCAAAGACGCGAGCAUGGAGAAGUCGAGUAGCGAGGAUUCCUCCAUUCACCGGAGCCCGUCUCUGGAUAGCAAGGACUCGGACUUUGCGAAACCGUCCAGCUCGGGCCGCCCGUUCGGCCGCGGCUUCACGGCCGGCGCCUUCUACGGCACCGCGGGCUCUCGGGGCCAGAGCCGCGCCGAGGCCGGCGUGAAGACCGACAAGUACAAUGCCCCCAAAGGCAGCAAGUACGUGGUGUUUUACCUGGACCUGUCCUUUGUGUUCCUCCUAGAAUUUAAGAAGUGCAACAUGGCCAGGGGCUGCCUCUGCUGCCUGAAGUAUAUGAUGUUCCUCUUCAACCUGAUCUUCUGGCUCUGUGGCUGCGGGCUGCUUGGAGUGGGCAUCUGGCUGUCCGUGUCCCAGGGCAACUUCGCCACCUUCUCCCCCAGCUUCCCCUCGCUGUCUGCAGCCAACCUGGUCAUCGCCAUGGGCACCAUUGUCAUGGUGACGGGCUUCCUGGGCUGCCUGGGGGCCAUCAAGGAAAACAAGUGCCUCCUCCUCAGUUUCUUCAUCGUCCUGCUGGCCAUCCUCCUGGCAGAACUGAUCCUCCUCAUCCUCUUCUUCGUCUACAUGGACAAGGUGAAUGAGAAUGCCAAGAAGGACCUGAAGGAGGGCUUGCUGCUGUACAACACCGAGAACAACGUGGGGCUCAAGAACGCCUGGAACAUCAUUCAGGCCGAGAUGCGGUGCUGUGGCGUCACCGACUACACAGACUGGUACCCAGUGCUGGGGGAGAACACAGUGCCCGACCGCUGCUGCAUGGAGAACUCCCAGGGCUGCGGGCGCAAUGCCACCACCACCGCCUUGUGGAAGACGGGCUGCUACGAGAAGGUGAAGAUGUGGUUUGAUGACAACAAGCACGUGCUGGGCACUGUGGGCAUGUGCGUGCUCAUCAUGCAGAUCCUGGGCAUGGCCUUCUCCAUGACCCUCUUCCAGCACAUCCACCGGACGGGGAAGAAGUAUGACGCGUGAGCCGGCUCGCCGGGCCCCCGGCCCCCGCCUGGGCACCGCCAGGGAAGAGGAGCUGUGCCUCGUGUGGCCAGCCCAUACUCUCCAGACCGAGACCCCUGCCCCCAGCCCCAGCCCGCCCUGCCCCCACCCCCGUCCAGGCCUCAGACUGUGUGGGGCGGGGCGAAGGUCCAGGAAGCGGGCUGCAUAGAGACCUUGACCCCAGGCCCUGGAUUCCCGCACCUGCUGCCCCUGUGUAUUUGCCAAAGACAGGGUGGGCUGGGGCUGGGCUCGAGGAGGAAGCCCCCUGCCCCUCCUCACACUGACACUUGGUCCCCGCUUCAGCCGGGGUGAUGGCCCCCGGCGGAGGCCACCAAGCCUGCCCGUGGCCACCCGUGGGAGAGCCAGCAGGGGCGGGGUUCUGUCUGCGCCAGGAACAUCCUGCCCAGGCUUUUUAUACCUUAUAGUAUAACUUUUUCUUUUUUUAAUUUUAUUUUACUCUGAUUACGGUCAUUCAGGAAUAUUAUCUCAGAUAAGUUUAGGGUUAGCGAUUCUGAUUUAUAACUUUUUACUGUGUUUGAUUUCUUGAAUGGUUUGGUUUUUCUCUGGCAGAGGGUGGGGGUCAGGGAGAGAGGACUCAGGAGGCUCCCCGUGAGCUGGGCCAGGCCCGCCCUCAGGAUGCACCCCCCGGGGUGCUGGGGGCAGGGGCUGGCGGCUGCAGCCCAGAGCCUGGAAGGGGCGAGGCAGUGGCUGGGGUGCAGCAGGCC